CAAGGCGGAGCCGGGAGCAAGGCCAGACCGCGGGGGCCCGGGAGGGCGGCAGAUCCCCGAGGCUCCCACAGCCGCGGCAGGACCGGCUAGCGGCGCCAUGGAGGGGAGCCCCAUCCCGGUGCUGACGGUGCCCACUGCGCCCUACGAGGACCAGCGGCCGGCCGGGGGCGGCGGGCUGCGGCGGCCCACAGGGCUCUUCGAGGGCCAGCGCAACUACCUGCCGAACUUCAUCCAGAGUGUGCUGUCCUCCAUCGACCUGCGCGACCGUCAGGGUUGCACCAUGGUGGUGGGCAGCGACGGCAGGUACUUCAGCAGGACGGCCACUGAGAUCGUGGUGCAGAUGGCUGCGGCCAACGGGAUUGGUCGACUGAUUAUUGGGCAGAAUGGCAUCUUGUCGACACCUGCAGUUUCCUGCAUUAUCAGGAAGAUCAAGGCAGCUGGUGGGAUCAUCUUAACAGCCAGCCACUGUCCUGGAGGACCAGGGGGAGAGUUUGGAGUGAAGUUUAAUGUUGCUAAUGGAGGUCCCGCACCAGACACUGUCUCAGACAAAAUCUACCAGAUCAGCAAAACAAUUGAGGAAUAUGCCAUAUGUCCAGAUCUUCGAAUCGACCUAUCUCGACUAGGAAGACAAGAAUUUGACCUGGAGAACAAGUUCAAACCAUUCAGAGUGGAGAUUGUGGACCCUGUUGACAUCUAUCUCAACCUCCUUCGGACUGUCUUUGACUUUAACGCCAUCAAGAGUUUGCUGACGGGGCCUGGUCAAUUGAAGAUCCGUGUUGAUGCUAUGCAUGGAGUUAUGGGACCCUAUGUAAGAAAAGUUCUGUGUGAUGAACUAGGAGCUCCAGCCAACUCCGCAAUAAACUGUGUCCCAUUAGAAGACUUCGGAGGACAGCACCCAGACCCAAACUUGACAUACGCAACCACCCUUCUGGAAGCCAUGAAGGGGGGAGAAUAUGGAUUUGGAGCUGCAUUUGAUGCUGAUGGGGACCGCUACAUGAUCCUUGGCCAAAAUGGCUUCUUUGUGAGUCCCUCAGACUCCCUCGCCAUCAUCGCUGCCAACCUCUCUUGCAUUCCGUAUUUCCGUCAGAUGGGGGUUCGUGGGUUUGGGAGGAGUAUGCCAACCAGCAUGGCUCUGGACAGAGUGGCUAAAUCAAUGAAGGUCCCUGUGUAUGAGACCCCUGCUGGAUGGAGAUUCUUCUCAAAUUUGAUGGACUCCGGACGAUGCUCUCUGUGUGGAGAGGAGAGCUUUGGCACUGGGUCUGAUCACCUCCGAGAGAAAGAUGGCCUCUGGGCUGUCUUGGUCUGGCUGUCCAUUAUUGCUGCCCGGAAACAGAGUGUGGAGGAAAUUGUUAGAGAUCAUUGGGCCAAAUAUGGCCGCCACUACUACUGCAGGUUUGAUUACGAGGGACUGGAGCCCAAGGCAACAUAUUACAUCAUGAGGGAUCUGGAGGCCCUGGUCACAGACAAGUCCUUCAUCGGCCAGCAGUUUGCUGUAGGGAGCCACAUUUACAGUAUUGCAAAGACUGACAGCUUUGAAUAUGUGGACCCUGUGGAUGGCACCGUGACCAAGAAACAGGGCCUGAGGAUCAUUUUCUCGGAUGCAUCACGGCUCAUAUUCCGGCUCAGUUCCUCCAGUGGUGUGCGGGCCACCAUCAGACUGUAUGCAGAGAGCUACGAGAGGGAUCCCAGCGGUCACGACCAGGAACCACAGGCAGUGCUGAGCCCUCUCAUAGCCAUCGCGCUGAAAAUAUCCCAGAUUCACGAGAGAACUGGCCGGAGAGGACCCACCGUCAUCACCUGAGCACAGGGCAGCAGAGCACUCCCGAGAGAUGCUUCACCAUGCCUUCUUGCUUCCUGUUUGUGCCUCUUAGGACUUUGGAAAAACAAAAGCUAUUUUGCUGUUGGGGUGGGGAGUAAAAGGAGGGUGGGGAUGGGGGGGAAGUACCCCUUUUGUUUUGAUUUGUCCAGUCUUCCAAAUGCAGCAGGGUCUUUAGUUGUCUGCCAGAACUUCACUACUGUUUAAUACCUAGACUUCAUCACACUAAGUACUUCUCUUUUUGAGAAAGAUAGGUAACCUGGGGAACUAUUAAUCACAGCCCCUGUAUAUUUCUGGUGUCUUGUGAGAAAAGAUUCUGAGAGAAAGGGGACCGAGAGAGAGAGAGAGAGAGAGAGAGAGAGAGAGAGAGAGAGAGAGAAAAUUAGACUGACCCCUAAGUUCUAAGGGCUUUGGGCAGGCAGAAGACCUCACCAACAUAGAGGAAGAAUCACUUGCAUCCUUAUUCAGAUCUACCAUGGUGAAAGGUUUCUAACUUCUAGGAGACACCCCCCUCCCACCUGCCAUCCAAUGGCCAUGCUUCCCAGCCUGCCAACAUCUCUGCACCGCCUCUUUUACUCUUCUAGGGUUUUCUGUGAUUCACAAUGACACACCUCCAACAAGACAUAUAAAGUUUCCUUUCUUUUAUUUUACAUGUAGUAUUCAUUUAGCUACCAAGCUGGCUGCAUUCCUCUGAAUGUAGCCAUUUCCAGUACAGGUACAGGUUGGGAAGGGUUUUCUAGAAAGGACUAAAAAUGAGGGGGAAGCUUUCUUGAUUAUGUCACAGAGGCCAGUAUAUGAGUUUAUACAAAUCCUCCCAGGAAGAAUACCAGCACGUGUUCUGAUCUUGCUCACAGUGGCCGGAUAAAGGAGAGCAGAAGGGGCUGGAGUAUUGAAUGGGCUAGUUGUGGGCCCAGUGAGACAGAGAGGUGGAUUGUCACAACUGGCUUUCUUUGCCUGGGAGGGAAAGGGACCUGGCAGCUCCAGCAGGCACGUGGACUAGGGCAGAGUCCUCAGCCAGGCACGGGAUGUGUUUGCUUAUGUUUGUCUCCCUUGGGAACUGCAGGUUUGCUUAUCACACCGUUUGAGGAGGUGACCUAGUGGCCCUUUACUGUUGAGCAAGGCAUGAUUGCUGUCAUCAAGGUCAGUGCAGUAAGGAAACAUUUCCAGUAAGGUGUUUGUUUCCAUUUUUCUCUCUGUGCUUCUGUCAAAAAAAUACUUGCUAGGACAUUUAGGAGUCGAUGAAAUAGAAUUUCCUUAUUUUAACCUCCAUAGUAGAUUGUGGGCCUCAGCUCCUUUGUGCCUCUUGUGGCUUUGCAAUUCCAGAAGUAGCCACCUGUACUGAUAAAUCAGCUUCUUAGAACACUGGCACGACUGUUGUUCUGAUGACUUGGCAAACGAAUUCUGAAAAUAGGACGGGGGCAGAGAAUGGAAUUGUUCAAAAUCAGUUUUGGGACUCAACAAAAACUAAAAUGGGAUCUAGACAUUCACCGUAACAGGGUUUACCUCAGAAUAAGAAGAAGGUGACUUUUAGCUGAGAUUUUUUUUUUUUUAAGUUAUAAAAAGUAUGUCACGCAUGGAAAAGUUUUGCCUUAUGGCUUUCAUUCUCAUUAUCUCUGGAGUAAAGGUCCCUGAUAA